CGCGGCCGGCUUUAGUGGCGAGCGGGUGAGCGGGCGGGCAGAUCCAGACUUCACUGGCAGCGUUUGGAGAGGCGGUGUCGGGGAGCGCGAGAUCCGCGCCGUGCCGCUCCGGGAGAUCGCUUCUCCGGGGCUGGGUGCAGACUGCGGCUCGGCGGCUCGGCGGCUCGCGGAGGUCAGGGAGGGCGCCGUCCAGGUCGGAGGCUUUCUCCUGGCCCCCUCCUGCUUCGUCUGGGCUCGAGGCGCCUCCAGGGAAAGCCGCCGCCCCGAAGGCGGAUCCGAGAACAUAUGAUUGAAAGCCACGAUGAAUGGUCAUAUUUCUAAUCAUCCCAGUGGUUUUGGAAUGUAUGCGUCUCAAAUGAAUGGUUACGGCUCAUCAUCCACCUUUUCCCAGAUGGACAGAGAACAAAGUUCAAAAACAAGUGCAAAGGCCCUUUAUGGAACAGACGGAUCAUACUUCUUCAGGUCAUCAUCCAAACAAAAAAAGAAAGAACAAAGGAAGCAUUAUGCACGGGACAGCAUCAGCAGCGUAUCAGAUAUUUCCCAAUACCGUGUUGAACACUUGACUACCUUUGUUCUGGAUCGGAAAGAUGCUAUGAUAACCGUUGAUGAUGGAAUAAGGAAGCUGAAAUUGCUUGAUGCCAAGGGCAAAGUGUGGACUCAAGAUAUGAUCCUUCAAGUGGAUGACAAAGCUGUGAGCCUGAUUGAUUUAGAAUCAAAGAAUGAACUGGAGAAUUUUCCUUUAAAUACAAUUCAGCACUGCCAAGCUGUGAUGCACUCCUGUAACUAUGAUUCAAUUCUUGCCCUGGUGUGCAAAGAGCCAACUCAGAACAAGCCAGAUCUGCAUCUUUUCCAGUGUGAUGAGAUUAAGGCAAACUUGAUUACUGAAGAUAUUGAAAGUGCAAUCAGCGACAGUAAAGGAGGGAAGCAGAAGAGGAGGCCUGAUGCCCUGAGGAUGAUUUCCAAAGCAGAUCCUGGUAUUCCACCUCCACCCAGAGCUCCCGCCCCGGUACCCCCUGGGACUGUUACCCAGGUGGAUGUUAGAAGUCGGGUGGCAGCCUGGUCUGCCUGGGCAGCUGACCAAGGGGACUUUGAGAGACUGAGGCAGUACCAUGGGCAUGAAGAAACGCCCGAGAUGAUGGCAGCCCGAAUCGACAGAGAUGUGCAAAUCUUAAACCACAUUUUGGAUGACAUUGAAUUUUUUAUCACAAAACUCCAAAAAGCAGCUGAAGCAUUUUCUGAGCUUGCUAAAAGGAAGAAAAUUAAGAAAGGUAAAAGGAAAGGACCAGGAGAGGGUGUUUUAACUCUGCGGGCAAAACCUCCACCCCCUGAUGAAUUUAUUGACUGUUUUCAAAAGUUUAAACAUGGAUUUAACCUUCUGGCCAAAUUGAAGUCUCAUAUUCAGAAUCCUAGUGCUGCAGACCUGGUUCAUUUUUUAUUUACUCCAUUAAACAUGGUGGUACAGGCAACAGGAGGUCCUGAACUAGCCAGUUCAGUACUCAGUCCCCUGUUGACUAAGGACACAAUUGAUUUCUUAAAUUAUACUGUCAAUACCGAUGAAAGGCAGCUGUGGAUGUCAUUGGGAGAAACUUGGAUGAAAGCCAGAGCAGAGUGGCCAAAAGAUCAAUUUAUUCCACCAUACGUCCCACGGUUCCGCAAUGGUUGGGAGCCCCCAAUGCUGAACUUCAUGGGAGCUCCAGUGGAACAAGACCUUUAUCAGUUGGCCGGGACUGUGGCCAAUGUAGCAGAACAUCAACACAGACAUGAUACAAAAAGAUAUUCCACGGAGCAAUCCGGUGUAUCAGAGUAUCUUCCACCUCCACCCGAUGGGUAUGCAUUCAAUAACAUUUACACAAGAGGACCCCAUCAGGACCAAGGGGAAGCUGCUGUUCCUUUUAAGCCAACUCCGAAUCGCCAUGUGGAUAGAAAUUAUGAUCCACUUGUAACACAACCCAAGAAAUAUGCCAAAUCCAAGUAUGACUUUGUGGCCAGGAACAACAGUGAGCUCUCAGUUCUAAAAGAUGAUAUUUUAGAGAUCCUUGAUGAUAGGAAGCAGUGGUGGAAAGUCCGAAAUGCAAGUGGAGACUCUGGAUUUGUGCCAAAUAACAUUCUGGAUAUUGUGAGACCUACAGAGUCUGGAUUAGGGCGUGCUGACCCACCAUACACACAUACGAUACAGCUGUUGAUGCCAAAGAAGGAGUUUGAGUUAUUCAAGCAAUUACUUGGUGAGCUGUCAGAGAAACAAAGAAUGGAGUAUGGUCCAAGAACAACUGACCCUCCCUCUGCUCCAUCUCCUCCUCCAACACCGAUUCCUGUUCCUGUGCCCCUUCCACCAACUACUCCAGCGCCUGUUCCUGUGUCAAAGGUCCCGGCAAACGUUACCCGACAGAACAGCAGCUCCAGUGACAGUGGUGGCAGUAUUGUGCGAGAUAGCCAGAGACACAAACAACUUCCUGUGGACCGCAGGAAAUCCCAGAUGGAGGAGGUGCAGGAUGAGCUCAUCCACAGACUGACCAUUGGCCGGAGCGCUGCCCAGAAGAAGUUCCACGUGCCACGGCAGAACGUGCCAGUUGUCAACAUCACUUACGACUCCUCACCGGAGGACGUGAAGACGUGGUUACAGUCGAAGGGGUUCAACCCUGUGACUGUCAAUAGUCUUGGAGUAUUAAAUGGUGCACAACUUUUCUCUCUCAAUAAAGAUGAACUGAAGACAGUCUGCCCUGAAGGGGCCAGAGUCUUUAACCAAAUCACCGUACAAAAAGCUGCAUUAGAGGACAGCAGCGGCAGCUCCGAGUUGCAAGAGAUCAUGCGAAGACGGCAGGAGAAGAUCAGUGCCGCUGCCAGUGACUCAGGAGUGGAAUCUUUUGACGAGGGAAGCAGUCACUAACUUCUUUCUUUCUUUGUUCUUAAACUCCAUGUAAAUUUCCGGCAUUAUUCCAACGUGCUUUGUUUUAAGAAGCCAUGAAGGGAAUGUCAGAUUUUUAAUCUCUUGGUACACUUUAUUUAUCGCCAUAAAAUAACAGUACAACCAUAAGUAAGCAGAGGACUUGCUUCUGGGCCCAUUAUUAUUUUUAUUAAAACGGAAAAACUUUAAAUAGAACUUUUGACCUUGGGAAACAUUUUGUUUACCAAAGGUGAGGUUUUCUUUAUCAGGUUAAUUAUUUCGUCCUCAUCUCAGUGUAUAAGCAGGCAUUUUUAAUGGCGGUGACUUUACAUGUUCCAGCAGGACAAGGAUACUGCCCGUGAUUCAAAUGCUUCCCAAUUCCAGCUUUGCCCGUGACUGUGGUGCCUGCCGUUCGGGGCGUGGUUACGUCAGGCUAGCCUCUGCUUACUUGGGUCUCUUGUUUGACAUAGUCAGUGAUUGAAUAUUUCAAUUUAUUUAAAGUUCUUAAUGCCAACACUUUUUAAAAAAUGAAAACAUUUAAUGAACUGUAAAACACAGCAAGGCCUUGGACAUGCGAAGACAAACCUGCGGAGCAUUCCCGAGCCCCUUGGUCAUGGCUCUGUUGAUGACGAUUCCGUGUACAGCUCGUAUUUUGAUUUAGCUUAUAUUCUGCUUAUCACCUACUCUGUGUUCUUAUAUAUGAGAAAGCACAAGUGGAAAAGAGGUCAUAUAUAUUCAGAAUAUGUCACAGGGAGUAGCCUGCAUUGGUGUGAGUUACAGUAUUUUGCUUAAUGAAGGUCUCAGUUCUGAAUAUUGAUAUUAGUAGUUAAAAGGAGAUUGGGGCCAUUUUAUGUGUAUCUGUGUCAAGUUUUUCUGGUAAUAAGAAACAAUUUACACAUAUGUUAAUCCUGUGAAAGAUUCUAGACAUAGAAAAGAAAGAUACUUAACCUUCAACAAAUGUUAUUUUUGAAAACACGAUUUUUGUCAUUAAAUGUUAUAUUAUUUCACAUAUAUAAAACAGAUGUUAUGUAAGAAUGUUGUAUAUUUUAACAUAAACCCAUUUAGAGAGAUUAUCUAGAGUCAUUAAUUUUCAUAGUGCCUUUUCACAUGAGUCAGCUGGAAAGUCUGCAAUAAACAGUAUUUGCUCUGUGUUAACAAA